UGUUAUGGCCACACAACCACAGCUCAUUGUGAUCUGGUUGAGAGCUCCUGCUUCAAUACUGAGACGCACAAGUUAAGGUCCAGAAUUGUGUCCAACCACAGCUUUUCCCUGAGCAUGGUGACAUCGAGUGGAACGUUACAGACCCAGUAGAUUACUUCUGGAGCUGGGCUCAGUCCUCACGGCAAAAGCUUCAACAUGCUGGCCAUCAUUGAGUCCUGGGAAGAGGAGGGGAGCUACUACGAGGACAGCACUGGUCAGUUUCUGUUCAUCUUGCUGUUAAAGGUGGGCCUGGACUGUCUGGUCCUAUCAAUGUGCUUGCGCUGGCUGCACACCUCCUUCAUGGGCGUCUGUGGCCUCUCCGUCUUCCUGGUCGAUGUGGUGUUGUUGUGCGCUGUGGCGGCUGUGUGGUUCCUCGGACCCGCCCGCUCCCCGGUGUCCAUCUGCUUCCUCUUGGCGCAUGCCUCAGCCGUGUUCAACGCGCUGCCUCUGCCCAUGCUGGGCCUGGGGCUGCUGGACUACGCCUCUGAGCCACGCUACACCACCUGCCACGACGCUCCCUGUAGGGACCUAUGGAACUAUGCUCUGACGCUGCUGGUGUGGGUGCUGGCCGGUGUGCACUCCUGCUGCUCAGCAGUCACCAACCUCCUAGAGGUUGAGUACGAGGGAGGGAGGAACGCUUUAGGGUGCACUGUGCAGGAAUCUGUGUUUGUGGUACAUUUCUCAGUGGGGAUCUCCGUGGCCAUCUGCUGUGUAAUGCUGCUCCACUACAAACAGAUGCCUUUGUGGCUGAAGGAGGCCAACUGGCUGUCAGAGCAGAGGGAUAAUGUUAACCCAAUGCUGCAGAGCCACUUGAGAUUCAGGUAUGCCAAGUUACAGCAGCUAGGGGGUGACGAGGACGGGCAGAAAGCACUGGCAGUGGAGACUGAAUGGCAGAGACCCCCCCUUUACCUCAGCCUGACUUUGGACUUUGGCACAACGUGGGCAUCUUACCUGGUCAUGUGCAUCGCCUGUGAGCUUUUGGGCCUUGCAGUCCCUGCCUACAUCAGCAUCAACCUCCUAUGGUUGGAGUGUGCCAACAGCGUAUUGGUGGGGCUGGUUUUUUGGCUCAAGAGCGACUGACUGAGGCCUUACACCGCCAGUGGCAUGUUUACUGGCACUUAAAGUAAAGAUUCACCAAUUUUCUUUCUUUCAAAUAUUUUAUUUGACUAUUUUCCACACAGACAGAAAUAAUAAUAGCACACAUAAAAUGAUAUGUAUAUAUAUAUUAUUAUAUUGUGUUUGUGCAUGUAAGCUAUGCUGGGCGGCAGGUUAGCCUAGUGGUUAGAGCAUUGGACUAGUAACCGAAAGGUUGCAAGAUCAAAUCCCUGAGCUGACAAGGUACAAAUCUGUCGUUCUGCCCCAUAACAGGCAGUUAGCCUACUGUUUCUAGGCCGUCAUGGAAAAUAAGUAUUUGUUCUUAACUGACUUGCCUAUUAAAAUGAAUAAAAUCU